AUGCCAUUCCUCACUCUCUUUAGCCUCCAAAAGUCCGCUAGUGAGUUCCAAAACUCAGGACCGGUACCCGGCCUGGCACUACGAAGCCUCUAUGUUUUCCGCUGCAGACACCACAGGCAUCGGCCUUACACGCCAGCCUCGCUCAUCAGAAAAGACUCUGACUCAGUCCACACACACGAUCUUAUCAAGAUAUGUUACGACUUGGGAAUUUGGACGGACACGGCUUGGUGUCCUACACCCGGCGGAAGAUGUUUGAAACGGAAGGACUACUCAGUAGGGAGAGGAACUCCAGAUGCUCGGACAGAGGUAUGGGUGGUCUACGAUCGGUUAUGGCGCUCAGAAAAUCGACUCGGGCCCGCUGUGUACUCCGAAGAGGCCAGGCCUAGGAGCACUAGAGGGCAAUUGUGGGAAGACACGGAGUCCGGCUACAACGGCGAGCCGUUGGGCUGCGAACCACAACAAGGGCACGGCGAGGGGAAAACUCAAACCACACAUUUACGUCAGAGUCACCGAAAGUUCAUCGAGAAUAUUAUAUGUCAGGACUGUAAAGCUCAGAUCCCUGAAAGAUGCGAGCAUUGCAGCAUAAGAAUGCACUGCAUGGGCUGCAGGAAGACUCUUUGUGAGAAUUGCGCUUUUUCUCGCCAUCUACCACCGGCCAAAUCUCCGAGAAGCACAAUAUCGGAGUCAGGCACUGGGGAUGAGACAGCCAAAGAGCCAUAUUGGUGGGCCCCUGGUCAGAUGCGAAAUCCGAAUCUUAUGAUGCAAGAAGUCGUACCCAGCAACAGUGCUGAAAAUAGCAACACCCCAAAUAGCACUGUCACUCCAGCUCUGAAAAUGCAGUGGUGUUGCUUAAAACCCAUGUUCUCAAAUGGUGGUAGUAUAACUUUUGUCGGACCUGGAAUGACAGGUUCGGCCAUCAAUCACGUCCAUACUGCUCCACUUCCACCAGGCCAGGGCUACGAAGACGCGGAGUUGAGCCGCCUCCGUCAAUCCCACAAGACAUCAGGCAUGCGAAUCUGUGGCUAUAAGGACCUCAGCACCGAAAAAUCAUUCCUGGAAGCGAAUUCGAACUUCAGGAAAGUACUAGAAGCUUCAGAAAGCUCCACCGUUGCACUCAACACUGCACGGGAAAAAACCAAAUGCACAAUCCGCGAAUAUCUGAAUGUUCUCUCGAAAUUGCCAGAACUGUCACGGAGCUUCAAAGAUAAAUAUGCUCAUUUGCUGGAUUCAUCCCAGAGGGCCGCGUCCGACACCUUGGUACUAAGACCCGAGGUAUUACUCAGUGAGGCAGCAGGCGAACUCAAAGAAACGUCUUACGAGGGCGAACUUUUGAAAAUGCUCGGUUUGAUAAUGUCCACACCCAUGUCCAACACAGACGACGAGAGUACGGAACCUCAACUCAACAACUCCUGGCUGGGCUGCGGCUCGUUUCUUUGUCCCAAAUAUCGCUCCAUCGGUGACCAUCGGCCUCGCUGUACAGCCGCUGCUCAACAAUGCACGUUGUGCGAAGUCCACGUGUGUCCAGAUUGCCUCGCGCAGUAUUCGCGUUGCGACUGCGCAUAUUGCAAGGACCACUACAGCUGCCCGAAUUGCGUCACGACGCUGGGAAGUCUGUGCAAGAAAGCUGAAGAAGAAGAGGAAGCUAGGCGCAAAAUUAGGAUACGUGAAGAGCGGCACGCGCAGUGGAAGCAUCAGCUGAAAGAGGCCAAUGACAUGGCCGAGCUGGCUCGGGACUUUUUGGCGCGAGACAUUUUGCAGUCGAUGCCAACGGUAAGUCAAUCAGCUACGGUCACGAUGCAUGAAGAGGCCCUGGCAAGGCAGAAUAUCGGAGAAGCUGGCGGUUGA